AUGGGGGCCGAACCACUUCGGCUAAUUCAGGAAGCAACCAUGGCAGACGAAAUGGAAAGAGAGCUUGACCGUAUCCUCGAAGAGGAUGACGCACGAGACAGUAAGCUGAAUGAGGUCCAGCAACAGCUGGCACAGCUGCAAGCUCAGGUCGUACUGCUAACCCAACAGCAAAAUCGCGACGAGGUUCCAUCGACUCAUGCUGACACGGAACAUGCGAUGGAGUGCGGCGAGACCCAGCAAGCCGACUUCCGCAGAACUUUUACGCUGCUAAACGCCAACGAUGUGCAGCCAGCAGCAAGCCUGCCGCCGAUCGAGUUCGACGCGAGCAACGCUGUCGGGAACGAGCCACAGCAAGCCACGGUUCACCUCACGCCAGCCAAGGACAACUCCCUAAGAGGUUUGUCUCCAACCUUUGAACGAUGCGAGUUCGCACAUUGA